CUCGCUAGCCAGAUACGAAUAAUUAGAAGAGACGUACGUAGUACUAAUGGUACUAAUACUACGUAAUUGAAAACAGCAAACAAAAAUAGAGAGAGUCGGAAUCUGAAACGAAAACCGAAUUGAGUGUCCGAGUGGAAGCUCGAAACGUGGAACGGUGGCUCGCAAACACGGACUUCAAUGUAACAAACACCACCUGAGUCCGCCGCUUAAUAACCCUCCCUAGUUUCCAUCACCAUUCAUCUUGCAUGAAUCAAUGAAUGCGCGCGCGCACACACACACACACAUUCGACACACUCUUUCCUUCUCCACAUUCUUGUCCUGAUUUGUUCUUGUUCUUCCUCUUCAAAAAAUAAAUACAUAAAUAAAAGGAAGUAAAUCCCUUUUAAGGUUUCGAUUUUAAGAAACGAAUUUAAUGAUUCUCAUUUGAGUAUUAUUAGUUAUUACUACAUGCACACACACACAGGGAAGGAAAUCUAUAGAGUUUUUCUUAUCAUUGCUUCUUCCAUUUAGUACUACAUCUACUCCCUCCAUAAAGGAGGGGAAUAGAGAUUGAUUUCUAGAAUUAGUUUUCUUUCGUGGAAAUAUGGGUGAAGAGAUGGUUGAUAUGGAGGCUGCGGCACAACCCAAAGAAAUCGGCCAUGGAGCCAUCUUUGAGAAAUCUAAUCGUCCUAUUACUUUAAAGUUUGAGAACGUGGUGUACAAGAUCAACAUUAAAAGUGAAGGGUUUUUUAAUAAGAAAAAGUUAGAGGAUGAAAAUAAAGAGAAAAUCAUUUUGAAAGGAAUUUCUGGCAUGGUGCUUCCGGGGGAGAUGUUGGCUAUGUUAGGUCCUUCCGGCAGUGGGAAAACCACGCUUUUGACCACCUUAGGUGGUCGGCUCGGUGGAAAUCUCAGCGGCAACAUUACCUACAAUGGCAAGCCUUUUUCGACUGUUAUCAAGCGUAACACCGGCUUUGUUACUCAAGAUGAUGUUCUGUAUCCGCAUCUCACAGUGACAGAAACUUUAGUUUACACAGCUCUGCUUCGGUUGCCAAAUACUUUUACAAAGCAGGAGAAAGUCGCACACGCUGAGGCUGUGAUCGCGCAGCUCGGAUUGACCAAGUGCAAAACUAGCAUUAUUGGAAGCCGAAAUGUGAGGGGGAUAUCAGGAGGCGAGCGAAAAAGAGUUAGCAUCGGGCAAGAAAUGCUAAUAAAUCCGAGCUUGCUGCUCUUAGAUGAGCCGACAUCAGGACUUGAUUCGACAACGGCUCAAAAGAUAGUUUCGACCUUGUGGGAGUUUGCUAUUGGAGGCAGGACAGUUGUCAUGACCAUUCAUCAACCAUCAAGUAGGAUCUUUCAUAUGUUUCAUAAGGUCUUGUUGUUAUCAGAAGGUAAUCCCAUUUAUUUUGGGAAAGGUGCAGAUGCAAUGGAUUACUUCUCGGCUGUUGGAUAUGUUCCUACUUUUCCAAUGAAUCCUGCAGACUUCUUGCUUGAUCUUGCAAAUGGUGUCCCGGCGGAUGAAUCACGAGAUGAUCAAGCUUUAGUCAAGCAAAAUUUGGUUUCUGCUUUCAAAACCAAUUUAGCCAAAAAUUUGGAAAUAGAGCUGCAACAACCAAAUGGUAACUUACAGGGGAUAUCAGAUGGAAAGAAGCAUGAACAGUGGACAACCACAUGGUGGCAACAGUUCUCCAUUUUACUUGAGCGAGGUGUGAAAGAAAGAAGGCACGAAUCCUUCUCUGGCAUCAAGACAGGACAAGUCUUAGUGAUUGCUAUUCUCACUGGCUUAUUAUGGUGGCAAUCUGAUAGAAGUCACUUGCAAGAUCAGAUUAGUCUUUUCUUCUUUUACGUGGGAUUCUGGGGAUUUUUUCCGCUAUUCAAUGCCAUCUUCACGUUUCCUUUAGAACUAUCGAUGCUUGAGAAGGAAAGGGCAUCAGGAAUGUACAGACUUUCAUCAUACUUCAUGGCAAGGACUAUAGGUGAUCUUCCCAUGGAACUAAUCCUCCCCACAUGUUUCGUCAUCAUAACCUACUGGAUGGCAGGUUUGAAAGCCACGGCAGCGAAUUUCUUUGGUUGUCUGUUGGUUCUACUCUACAGUGUGUUAGUUUCUCAAGGCCUCGGACUUGCUGUCGGGGCUUUGGUCAUGGAUCAGAAGGCAGCAACAACAAUGGGAUCGUGCAUUAUGCUCGGGUUCCUUCUCGCUGGAGGGUAUUAUGUUCAAAAUGUCCCGAAAUUCAUAGCAUGGAUCAAGUAUAUCUCAAUAGGUCAGUACGGAUACAAGCUCCUCGUGAUGUCACAAUUUAAGCCCGGGGAAACUUAUCCAUGCCCUCCAAAUGGAACUUGUUUGGUGGAAGAUUAUCCUGCUGUAAAGGCUGUAGGACUGCAUGGAUUUACAGUUUCCGUGAUCGCCCUAGCUAUCAUGCUGGUGGGAUAUAGGCUUGUUGCUUAUAUCGCACUUAUGAGGAUUGGGGCUCCCAAAAAGUAGCAAGGCUACAAAAUCAUCAUUCUGAGUUUCAAAAACAGCAAGAUGGACUUAAAAAGUGUAUUGGUUCGGUUUCAUUGUAACAUCAUAUGUUGAGGUGAAUUAAGUUUGUCUUCUGAUGUGACAUGUAACAGGAUUGAAUUUUGGGGUUUACACUCACGCAUCAAGUGUUGUGAUACUCCUUGAUCUCUUCCAUUUUCUUGAAGCGAAAAUGACUGGGGGACUGUACUGAUUUAUCUAAGGAAACAUUUGGAACUUGUGUGUUCCAAAAGAAUACUUGUCUUUGGAACAAUAAUUUCGAGAUAGAAUACGUAGAUCUUUCAGUUGAAUGCCAAUUUCAUUAUGAGGCUCGGAUAACUCGAGAUUAGUGAUCACGCGUUCUUUACAAGAUAUUAUUUCUAAAUGCAUAAAUUGUUUGUGCCUACGUUGCAACUUGCAAGUAGUAGGAAGCAAAUGCAUUUGUUCAUUCUUGAUUGCGUGAUUUGAUAAAUUGCUCCUUUAAAUAACCAGACUAAGGAAUGCAGAAAAUGAGG